AUGGAGGGCGCCGCGUUCGCCCAGAAGGUUGCGGCCUACGAGUUUGGCAUGCAGAACCUGAAGCUCUACUGGGUCCUUCGCCACCAAGAUGAUGGUGACGGUGCCCUCGAGCGCAUUGACAAGGCCAAGAUGGACGCGGCAGGCGCCAAGCUGAAACGCACGGCCCGCUUGCUACGCACGUACUACAUCGUGCAGCGCAGCAGGAAGCCGACCCUGAACUCGGAGCUGCCCAGGGAUGUGUUCGUUGACCCCGCGCAGUUUCCCGACUUCCCCAAGAACGUGCGGCCGGACAGCAUCUGGCUCGUGGACAGCUGCGUCUCGAAGACACAGCUCGGGCCAGGGGUGAUCCGGGUCACCGCUAAACAAUGCAGAUUGUGCAUCUUGGACGGGGACGCGGCGGGCACGGAGAAGAAUUUCGAGAAAAUCAGGUUGCGCGAGCGGCCAGCGUCGCUUGGCCCGGAGGGGGGCGAGGCGGCCGCCUUGGCGGCGCACAAGAAGCGCAAGCUCGAGGAGGCCCAGAAGUUGUUCUUUUCCGCGAAGAAGGCCCAGAAGUUGUUCUUUUCCGCGAAGAAGGAGGCCCUCGAGCGAGGGUUCGCGGCCAUGACGCGCCCGGUGCCGCUGAGUUUCCGGCUGAACCUCGCCUCGCCGCGCGGGCGCGAGGCGCUGGCGGCGCUGCAGCGCCUCAUCGGAGACCGCUUGGAGCCCGUGGCCUGGAUGCCGGAGCAGUCGGGCUGGAGGGUGGUGCCGGGCGGGAGCCGCAGCGGCGAGGAGGAGGCGCGCGCCCUGGUGGUGCGCGCCAUGAACCGCGGCGACUUCCAGCUCCAGGUGCUGGACGCCAUGCUGCACAAGGCCGCCGGGCUGUCGCCCCCGAGCUCUCUGCCCUCCGGCGGCGUCGUCGCCAACGACACGCACAAGGACCGGGCAUCGAAGAUCCGGCAGCGUGCCCGGUUCUGCAGGAGGGCGUCGGCCGCGCUCCUGGUGACCCAGGUCGACGCGAGGAGGUUUCCCGCGCUGCACCUGCGGAGCCCGCAGGGCACCUACCCGAAGGUGAAGUUCGACCGCAUCCCGGAGGUGCACCACGUGCAGCUCGAGCUCCUCAGGCGCGGCCUGGAGCUCCUCAAGCCUGGCGGGCAGCUCUGCUACUCGACGUGUUCCGUCAACCCCAUCGAGGACGAGGCGGUCGUGGCCGCCGCCCUCGCGGGCAGCUCAGGAGCCGUGCGGCUGGUGCCUAUGCCCAGCCACCUGGACGGCGUCGAUUGGCAGCCCGGCGUGAAGACGUGGCGGGUGCCCCACGAUGGCGGGCUCGUUGACAGCUUCGAGGGCCAGGACGGCCUCUCCGAGUCGAUGUUCCCGCCGAGGAUUCCGGUCGAGGGGCUGGAGCUCACGAGGCGUGUCCUGCCCGGGGACGGCGCGGGCUUCUUCCUGGCCCUGCUCGAGAAGCCGGCCAGGGAGGAGCGGGUGCCUGCAGCUGCCGUGGACGACGCGCGACAG